AUGGACAACAAAGACGCAACGGCUUUAGUUAUUGACAAUGGAUCUGGAAUGUGCAAAGCUGGAUUCGCCGGGGACAAUGCCCCUAGAACUGUGUUUCCCUUCAUUAGGGAACGCCCAAGACACCAGGGUGUUAUGGUUGAUAAUUAUCUGCAUAGCUAUGUCGGGGACGAGGCCCAACGCAAGAGGGGUAUUCUCACUCUUAAUUACCCCAUUGAACUCGGCGUUGUCACCAAUUGGGACGACAUGGAGAAGAUCUGGCAUCAUACCUUCUAUAAUGAACUCCGUGUGGCUCCAGAAGAGCAUCCUGUCUUUUUAACCGAGGCACCACUCAACCCCAAAGCCAACAGAGAAAAGAUGACACAGAUUAUGUUCGAAACUUUUAAUUUUCCAGCCAUGUACAUAGCUCUUCAGACUGUUCUCUCUUUGUAUGCUUCUGGUCGUACAACUGGAAUUGUACUCGACUCUGGAGAUGGCGUCACCCACACAGUACCAAUUUAUGAGGGCUACGCCUUUCCACACGCCAUCAUGAGAUUGGAUCUUGCUGGACGAGAUCUGACUAAUUACCUUAUGAAAAUCCUCAAAGAACGCGGUUACUAUUUUACAACCACAGAUGAAAGAGAAAUCGUAAGAGACAUUAAAGAGAAAUUGUGUUACGUUGCUCUGGACUUUGAACAAGAAAUGGCAACAGCUGCGACCUCAUCAUCCCUCGAGAAGAGGUACGAACUUCCUGAUGGUCAGGUCAUCACAAUUGGUAACGAGAGAUUUCGAUGUCCAGAAGUCGUGUUCCAACCUUCUUUCCUUGGAAUGGAAUCUUCUGGUAUACAUGAAGCAGCAUAUAGCAGUAUCAUGAAAUGCAACGUUGAUAUUCGUAAGGACUUGUACGCAAAUACAGUACUGUCUGGCGGUUCAACCAUGUACCCAGGUAUUGCUGACCGUAUGCAAAAGGAAAUCACCGCUUUGGCUCCUUCCACAAUGAAGAUCAAGAUAAUCGCUCCAACUGAGAGGAAAUACUCCGUCUGGAUUGGUGGUUCUAUCCUAGCUUCACUUUCUACCUUCCAGCAGAAGUGGAUCAGCAAGCAAGAAUAUGAUGAAUGCGGUCCUUCCAUUGUGCACAGAAAAUGCUUCUAAGA